AUGCACGUACUCAACGGCUUCAGCUCACGGCGCAAGACGCCCAAGCCCAGAGACUUGCACAUUCGCAAGGUUUCAUUCUCUGGCUGCUCACUCUCCUCCGGCUGCUCCAUCGAUUCAUCCUCAUCAACAUCAACCACCCGUGGUCCCAGCCACCACCGCUCCGACAGCAACUCCAGCUACGACCCUCUCCGCCUACACCCCGUUGUGCAACCACCCCCGCGCCUGCAUGAGCGCGCCUACAUUGCCUCGCCCCGGCGCCGGCCAGAGGACUCGCCACGCACGUUGUGCAAUGACCGGGCCCCCGGCAGCGCCGGUCAGUGGUCUGCGUAUGGUGUCAGCGUCUUCGAGUACGACGACAGCGACACCGAGGUUGACGAGGACGACGAGACACCCGCCUUGGAGCCGGUGCACAGCAACAGCAUGCCGCCCAUGACGAGUCCGCUUGAUAUCGAGGACGACGAGUCAGACGAUGAGGACUACUUCUUCAUGCGGCUGGCCAAGCGCCCGCAACUGCCGCGCUCGCACUGGUCCGAGUCGACGAUCCAAACGCUCGCGCAACUCACACCGGCGCCGAGCAACACUUCCACCACGCCGGCCGAGCGCCUCGAGGAUCCCAUCGAGCAGGCGCGCAUGAUGCUUCCCAACUUCAGCUGGAAGCACCACACCGUGCCCGCCCGCCCGCGCAUGAGGGCCAUGGACAGCGUCGAGCACAUGGCCAAGCUGGGCGGGUGGAAGCGCAAGGCGGUUGUGCUCGACAACCAAGACAGCCUUGUUGCUACCGAGACGAACUAA